AACGGAGAUCUUGUAAGUUUAACUAAUUUCGAUAAUUAACAAUUAAUCCUGUGCAAUCACUAAAUAAGAAGCUUUUCUUCCUUUCGAUCCUUUAAGUGGGAUUUCUCGUAGGUGAUGGUCGCAACCGCUUGAUCACCUAUUCCUGCAAUUGUCAGUGUCUUAUUUAUUGAAAACAAAAAGAACCUUGCUAUGAAUGAAAUAUCAAAAAAGACGUGAAAAAUCCCUGCUCUUCACUGUCUUUCUGAUUCAGACUAAGAAAGUUUAUCGAGAAACCACCGCCCGUGCUCAUAGAGCCGGUCCCAGGUAGGCUAAGAUCCUAUCCGUCCUUUGAAGAAAGCCAGGUCUUUAUUGCGUGUCAAGUGCGAGAUUGGAUCGAGGAAUUGCGUCUUAAAUGAAAUGCUGUUUCCUAUUUCUUUCGUUUGUGAAUCUUUCUUUUUCCCAUGUCUUUCUUGAUUGGUAAACCCAACCAGCGAUUUACAACAAACAAGUCUUUCCUCUUGUUGGGGGGAGCAGUUAAAAAAUGAACCAAGUAGCGUGAAUAAUAAUGCACUCGUACUUUUUGGUAAUCCGACGCUUAGCGAUAUUGAUUUUAUCCAGGAGACUCCUAAUCAUUCCUUCCCUUCUUCAGCUUAUUCCACUAGUUCUUCGACUUUUUCGGACGCGCAAAGUGCUGCACCUGACUUGGACCUAUUAUUUAAUCAAAUAUGUAAUGAAUACAACAGGUGUGUGCAUGAAGCCGGGAAGGUCUUACCCCCCGAAUGGACCAUGCCUGACCUUGUUCGGACAAUGUUUGGUGAUGAAGCUAUUCAGCACGGCUUUCUGACGGAUGCCUACUAUGAUGUGCUGUUAUGUGGCACUCAUAGUUGGGGGUGCGAGGAGCUGCUGAAUUUGCUAGAUAUGAUAAACUAUGUGUAUUAGUAUGCAAAAAUAGGGAGGAAGGACAAAGGAAAGAGCGAUGCCUACAUUAAAUCAAUUGAUUCGUCAUGGUAGAGAAGAAAAACGGCGCACGGACCGUACUCGAGCUUCGGAUCAAUGUCCCCAGAAGCAAGGAGUACGCCCGCGUGUUUCAACGAGAACACCGAAAAAACCAAAUUCAGCUCCACGUAAGAUAGCCAAAGUACGAUUGAGCAAUCGACAUGAUAUAUUUGCUCACAUUCCGGGCGAAGGUCAUAAUUCGCAGGAACAUUCUAUGGUCUUAAUAAGAGGAGGUAGAGUUAAAGAUUUGCCAGGUGUUAAAUCCCAUUGUAUUCGAGGAGUCAAGGAUUUGUUGGGAAUUCCGGAUCGAAGAAGAGGCAGAUCAAAAUAUGGUGCAGAAAAACCCAAAUCGAUAUGAAUGGAGGAUGCCUCUGGAACUUAUUUUUAUCGGUCAGGAGAGGUACGAAGUCACUCGACUUAAAGGAGAGGAGAGGGAACAACCACAACGUUAUGCCCUAAAAUAGAAACGGAGCCCUUCCGAAUGACCUAUAAUGGAUUCUAAUACACUAGACAAGAAAGGGGGCCGACGAAAGAAUACCGCCCGUCCGAUUUCUUCGUCCGGUUUUUUUUAACUUUUUUUUUUACAGAUAAGAUAUUUCGUUUCUAAGUUUCCGGACUUGCCCUUCGCACGAUUCUAUCAUAAAAUGCUCGUUCCAAUCGGAACUGCAUGCAAAGUAAAAAAAUAGGGUUCUCUUAUUUAUAGAGAAUUCCAUUAUGGAUGAAGGAGUUCCAUUUUUAAUUCAGAAGCCCGGAGAUGGUCAGGUGGUUUCUUGUAAUUUUGGGAAUCUUUUCGUUAACAAAUAUGGAUUCCCCAUAGUCUCGGUGUCUGAGGAUUUAGAGGAUCCUAAAAUAUAAGCACGAUAUGAUUUCUUCAUUAUAUAUUUAUAUAUUUUUAGAGAAAAAGAUGGAUAGGAUUUAUGACUUCCACUUCCUAUAGGACAUGAGGGCUUAAAGCCUAUGCUAAGAGAGUAAGGUUCCUGUCUCGAUCCUUUUUAUUUCUUCUUUUGCUUUCCCUGCAAAACUAUUCUCGGAAAUUUAUUGCUUGACUUUAAACUAAACAAUCAAGAAAUUAUCUUCCCACGCCUACUAAAAACUAGGGACAUGGUUAUAGCAGUCUCUGUUCACUCAUGCUUGCUGCUUAAGACUCUCUACACCUGAAAGAUAUAAGUAGUUUUACGGCGAGGAAGAGCUUGAAGAAGGAAGAAGUACCAUUGGCGAAGUAGCUUCCUCCAGUCUUUGUAUGUAUGGGGUGUACCCGAUAAAGAUACAAAGCAGCUGAGAUCAGAAUGAGUAGCAUUGAUCUCUCCGUUUGGUCCGACUAAUCAAUGUAAAAAAGAUUCCAUCGAUCGGUGAAGCACAUUAACGGAAGUGUGCACGCUAGCGCUCUACUCUAAGCUUCUAGUUAGCUCAAAAAAACGGACUCCCCUAAGUGGGGCACAUGGGUUUGUGAAGAUGCGUUGGUUGAUCCGGAGACAUGGCCACUACUGGCCUACGGUCCUGUCAGAUUGCAUAGCACAUGCUAAGAGCUGCGAUGCCUGCCAGAGGUAUAGACUCAGCGCAAGCCGGCUUCCGAGUUAUACCCGAUUAUAAAGCCUUGGCCAUUUCGAGGUUGGGCCCAGGAAUAGUGAGUUUAUAUUCGCUGAUAUGCUUAGCGAGAAGACUUCGCAGCCGCAAUACCAAGAUGGGCUCAGAUUUUUUGAACCAGAACUCUGCUGUACAACUAGCUGCUGCGAUCACAGCCUCAGCUAGGAUAUAUAUGUAACCUUAUAUCUCAAGAGAGGACUGCUACUACACGGACACAGACUCAGUUGUGCUUGGCCUAAAGAAGUUAUUUCUUCUUCUGUCUUAGGUAAGUUUAAGCUAGAGGACAGAGUCAUGAAAGGAGACUUUUUAGCACUAUUUCUACAUCGCAAAAGAUAGCACCAAUGUACUAAAGUACAAGGGACCGGCGAAAAACCUGGUCAGUCCAGAAUGGUUUGAGUCACAGUACGCAGAUCCAUCUCGUACAGAACAGGUAGCGGUGGAAGCCAACUUCCGGAUUGAUUGGCACACUCUUAACAUCAUCAAGAAAGAGAUGUCAGGCUUGGGAUUAAGCAGGGGACCAAGAGGAUACCAGUAUAUCACGGAGAUGUAUGGGUGGAUACUGAUCCAAUUGAUAUCAAAGACUUGUCUUCCCUAGAUCACAUUGGUAAAGUACUGAAAAAAUAACUCAGGUAAUACAACUACUGAAAAAAAAUGCCCUUUUAUCAGCGCAGAAAAUUAACUUUCUUUCACGAGCUUUACUGCUUCCAUUCUUUGUACCAGGGAUAAAAAAUAAAUUGCGUAUAGCAAGAAAGGAAGAAGAAUGAUAGAUGACUAAAGUAGGUACUGGGACCUUUUGGAACAUGAUUAGGGAAAAAAAUAAUAUCUAAUAGACUGAUACGUACGAGCGAACAAUAGUUCUUAUCUCUUCUCUGUACCGGUAAAGACUUUGACCUUAGAGUAAGGGGAGGGCCUAAGACUUUCUUUAUAGCCGGGAAGAUAAUUUAUUAAUCGAAGCCAUAGCUUAAACCUGGAUAGAAGGACUUUAUCUGGUCUGGAAAGGCUCUAGGAAUUCUCUCUACUCUAGAAGCCAUAGGCCGUUGAGCAAUAGACUGAAGAGGCAUCUCUAACAAAGGGAGAAGGCCAGAGGUAUAGAUCCGUUAAGGCCACUCCUUAAGCAGGACUUUCGGUCAGUUCAAAAACCAUUAGGUAGGGCCUGUGCGUGCUAUAAUAAAAAAGGGAAGACCCUUAAAUCUACUUGAAUGGAUCUUGGCAAGGCGGAUCGAAAAUCAUUAAUGCCAGAAUAAAAACGCCAAAGAAAAGCGGGAAAGUGGGGCUAUAUAUCAUAUAGUAAAGCCAGAGUCAAGACUACAUGCCUAUUUGACUGCCCGAUCGUACAUUUCAAUAGCUUUAAGAGAGUUUUCAUAUAGAAGUCUCGGACCCGCCGGGGAAGAGACUUAAGAAAGUUCAGCUCUUUACGCUGCUUUUUAAUUACAGGGGUAUUCUAAUUCUUUCGGACAUUAGCGAACAUUGAACCGUUGAGCCUGAAAGAGUGAGAGCUUGAUGAGAUUUUUAGGGCCGAUAGGCCAAGCCGAUUAGACGGACGGAAAUAAGCAACAAGUCGUGCCAUCAUACUAUACCUUACGGUUGAAUUGAAUAUAGAAGGGCUUCCCUUACCUUCUAUAAGCCGAUUUCGAAAUGCGUUUACUUCCCCUUUCUGGCGGCUAGUGCCCCACCUUUCAAGUUGACAGAUUCGUAUUACUUCGAGAUAACUGUCAGAGCCCCCAUUCUCGAACUCCUAGAAAAUGCCAUUCCAUCGGGUUACCACGCACACAAAAAUAAUUCACAUUUGUCGUCAUUUCAAAUAUAACCUUCACGGGUCCCCUCAACAUCCUUAACGGCCUGGUUCAUUAAGAUGUUGAACUGAGACUUCUGUGGACAAGCUGCGCGACAGAGGCCUAAUCCUUGAGCUCUUCUAAUCCCCGAAGACGCUCUAAUCCUUACAAGGCCAUAGACUAACUUCUCAAAGAGAAUGAUUACUCCAUUACACAAAAAAGGCAUCUGGUUGUAGGCGUAAAUCCAAGACAAGGUUACAAAGUAUUCGUAUUCUCGCGAUACCCACAGACAGUUGAGAGACCCACAAAGGUAGGCCCGGUGCUCGCUUAGUGGCAAAGAGGUUCACUAUGAAAUAUGGACAGGAUUAUGAGGAGACGUUCAGCCCUCUUGCUAAGAUUACCACGCCUGCAGCAAGGCCCAUGCCUUGUAGUCGACCGGUGCAAGCAGGACUUUAUUUUCGAGUUUGAUAUUCUUAUCUGCAAGGUUAGUGCUUUUUGGUGGCGUACAAUGCCUUACUAGGUAGAGACAGGCUAGUUGCCUCGCUUCAUUCUUAGUCUUUUGGAAUGAGAUUGAGAUGGUCCUAGCAGACAAAAGACCUUUGCGGGCAGAAACUGGAACGUACUUGAGGCGGAAGGAAUCGAAAGUCUCUCCCAGAAUAAAGAAUAGCCUACCGGCUUCCCUAAAGCCAAGUUGCGCUUCCCGCGUUAAGUUUAACUAGCGGCUUACUUUUAGCCGUCGGGGAAGAAGUGCUGUGAUGUUUGAGAACUCUUUCUGGCAAAUAGACCUAGACCCGCGCGAGCAAUUGUAGCCGAGCAAUGGAUAGUUCCUUAGGCUGAUCUUGCCAUUACUCUAUGCCUUUAUCUAAGAAGGAGGUAGACGCGGUCUUGCAGGGCCUAUAAUAUAAGAGGCUCUUCCGGCUUGAGUUUGCCUGAGUCUGAAGGACUCUUGAGGAAGAGUUAGACGCUAGAGGAUUUUCCAUCGACAGAAUUCGGUAGGAGACAGUCUCAUAACUCUGCAAAAAUGAGAGUAAGAAGCUCAAUGCCCUUACUCACAAGAGUCAAGAAAUUAAAUUUUAUCUCUCCAAGAGACUUGACCUCUAGAAAGAUAUCUUAUCCGAAAAGUAAUGACGCUCUCCCUUUAAGAGUUCUAUCAUAUGUGAAGCCUUUCACAUUAUAUCCUCCGGAAGAAAGUAAGGCAUGACUUUUUCCCGUACCUAAAUUCAAGGCCUGCUAUCACAGCGCCUACCGGAGCAGACGCGGGAGAGACUCGUCACUGUUAACAUCCUCUCCUAAGCCCGGUAUGACGACGAGCGGACUCCUAUGGAAGUUCAAGAGAAGAGGGAGCUCUGAACGUCUCUCAAAUGUCGCUACAAGCUCCUUCGGGAAAAGUAGCCCUGAGCCUCCAUGACCUACUACUCCUUUAGAGAAGAAAGAGGGUCACUGGCCUCUGUAGGGGGGCCUAUUCCGGCGCGGAAAGAGUCUUCGCUUACACGAUAAAAUUUAGCUUUUAUGUGAGAAAUAACUUUUACAGUACUACUAUUACUACCAAUCUUCAACGUAGAACAAAGUAAUAAAGUACUUUAGUAGUCCCAGGCCUGAUAUCACAGCGCCUACCCUGCAGAUGAAAGACUUUAUCCUUAGAGGCGGCUUCUAAUUGAGUGAAUUAAUUCCUACUGUCUUACUAAAAAAUAAAUUGCGUAUAGCAAGAAGAAUAAUUCUAUCAGACUAGUCUCUAUCAUUAAGCGUGAAAAGCCAGCGCCCGAAGGUGCUUUUUCGAAAGCCGGUCAAAGAAUCGAUUAUAUGCCUGGCCAGAAGACCGAUGAGCCUUACCAGUGAAGCAAAGAAGAGAAAUUAAAGUAGCUCUUAGAAAGGUAACUGAAUGCGUUUCCGGUGUUAAAGUUAGAAGAGUAACUGCUCUCGUAGUCGUUUCCGCUCUUCUCUGUUUUGAAGCAAAGCAUGCUGAAAGCAAUAAACAUCUUAAAUUCAGCUCUGAAAGUAUCUUAGCCUACCGGUGGGCGAGCCUAGCUUGUCUAGAGAAGUAUAACUAGAAAAAGUCCUGAUGUUCCGUUCUUGUUGUUUGAAAAGAUCUCGGAUCCCUCAUACUUACUUGUGACUGUGAAGAGUCUAUAAGGAGAAGUGGGCAUCUUGAUCUGAGCUUCUUCCCUUAUAUAAUAUAAAGAUCUAGCUUCUUAAUUUAAAGGUAUAGUCUCAAAUAAAAAAGAGGAAGCCCGGCUUUGACAAGCAAGCCAUAGCCAAAGCAGCAGCUUUCAGAUCAUAGUCCUAAUUUCCACCUACCUUUCUCGCUCUAUCAUUCCAUUCUAUCAGUCCGGUAGUCGGUCCUAACAGCGGUUGAAGCCUUCGAAUCGGCUAAGUGUUUAGUAUCACCUUAAUCCAUUCUUUUGCUUUAGUCUUUCUUUCUGAGUAGUCGAUAGCGAGUCUGACGGGUCUAGCACCAUCCGCCAAUCGCUUAUUGGUGAAAGGGCUAUGUAGUAACCAGUCCGGUUAGCAUUUCAGUGUCCGUCAGGAAGACGAGUUUGAAUCUUCUUUGUUGUAUGAAAGGCUCUUUUUAUAUUUGGUAGGACUUCCAUUUCAUAUCGUGUGUCGGAGAAUCGGAUUAUUAUGAUGAGCGAUUUGACUCUGAUCCACCAGCAUCCACUACCGGAAGGAAUUACCUAACUUACCGCCUGCUCUUAUUCCCAUCGAUAUGCCCGGAAACAAGAACUUUCUUUCUCUAAUGCCCUUUAGCUUAAGCCUGACAAAGAUAGAAUGUUUAACUUGCCCUACCGCUGCCCGCUUAAUACUACUACUAGUGAGACUCCUAUUCUGCCACCCUAUCUAGUAAGAGCCUCUACAGCAAUGUUUGGCGCAAUCAAUAUCCAUAAUCGCUCGUCUUUCAUUGAUUGAGGACUUGCCUGACCUGGUAAUCUUCCCAUAACACAGGUGGCUUUCGUCCGGGUAGAUUAUUUAAGUAAAGUGAUCGUGUAUGCUGCGGCUUAAACUAGAAGUUAAUGAUGAACAGGCCUUCAUUUCCUUUAGGUAUUGUUGGUUAGAAGAGAAGUAUUCUCUUACUCUUAGUUUAGUCGCGGGUGAAACUUUUGCUUUUUACUGUUGGAGUUAGGUUUUGGGUGACGAUGCAGUUGCAUAACAACCUUAAGAGCUAAGGACAAGGCUCCUCUUUCUCUGCUUUUAAAUACAGUACCCUUUCAUUUAAGAGAAUAAGAUAAGAAGAGUAGCUGUACUCUUAGAGCCUACUAUGACUUCUUCGUCUUCUCUUUUUCCUUUAUCUAAUAAGAAAAAGGGUUUUAGAGGCUUUUCUAUAGCUUUCUAAGCCCUUUCUCUUAGCCAGGGGAAAAUCCCAGUCUAGAGGAGAGUUUUCUAUAAAAAUGUGGAAAGAUGAGGAAUUUCCUUAACUUACUUAAUAGGUUACCCGAUCCCUAACUAAAAAGUGGGGGUCGAAGAGAAUAGAUAAAAGAUUUUUCGAGGAAGGGUCUUUGCCAGGAGGCCAGAGAUUAUUGAAUUUACAUAGCAUAAAGAAAGACGGACAUUCUGCUUCAAGUUGCCAUUGAAUUGCUUUCCGUUCCCUUGCUGAGUCAAAGGAUGAACAAAAAAUAAAUAAAAAAGGGCGUCGAUAGACAAUAGACCAAGGAGCGAAAGCCACUCAGUUGAUUGCUAAAUCUCUAGUUCGUGAGAAGGAUUUGCUGCUUGAAUUGAUAGAGGAAUAAGACAAGGGCUUAUAGCGCCUUCUCUUUUUUUUGUAAUAGGAAUGGAGUAUCUUUCAAGGAAACUCAAGCAGGAAGCCAGAACUAAUCCAAACUUCAGUUAUCAUAAAAAUUGCAGAAAGAAUGAGAUUAAUAAUCUUUGUUUUGCGGAUGAUUUACUAAUUUUCUGCUCAGGCGCUGAAGAUUCCAUUGCUGUGGUCAAUCAAUGCUUAAAAGAAUUUGCAAAUCUUUCUGGUCUUACUGCAUAUCCAAGAGUAAAAUCGACUAUGGAGAUCUUUCUGAUGCUGCAAAGUGAAAUAUUUAAAAUCUAAUUGGCUUCAAUUCAAUGAAGGUAAAAUGCCAAUAAAGUACCUGGGCCAGUCCUUCAAAGCUCUCAGUUAGUGAUUGUUUGCCUCUAAUUGAGAGAAUCAAAGCUAGAGUACAGAGAUGGACUGGAAAAUACCUAUUAUAUGCUGGGCAACUGGUUCAGAGUGCCCUCUUUAGCAUGCAAGUUUACUGGAGUACUGUGUUCAUACUGCCUGUGCAGGUUUUGAUUUGAAGACAAGAAGAUCUGCAGAGGGUUCUUAUGGUCUGGUCCUGAUAUGGUUAAGAACAAAGGGAAUGUUGCUUGGAAAUUUGCUGCCCUUAAAAUUAAAAAAAAUAAGGUGGUUUCGGGCUUCAUUGGUGGAGUGGAAUAAAGCUGCUAUGUUGAAGCAUAUCUGGGUUCUGGCUGCAAAAAGUCCUUAUAUAGAUUAUAGGUAUGUAUUUUACAUACAAUGCUUCUUUUUUUUAUAAGCAUUUUGUUGGUGUAUUUAACCACAAACCAAAUAAUGGUAGCUGGAUUUUUAGGAAACUUUUACAGGUGAGAGAGUUGGCUAUAAGAUAUAUUAUACAUGAUGUUGGCAAUGGAACCAAUACAUCUCUCUGGUAUGGUAUGACUCUUUGCUGCCUAUAGGUUCUCUAGUUUAAAGGUAUGUAUGGUGAGCAGAUCAUAGGGGAGUCUGGUGUUCAAAAAAAAAUGUAAAAGUUGCAGACAUACUUUCUAAUUCCAGAUGGUCCCUCCCUGCAGGUGCAAAUAAACACCAGCAAUAAAUUGGGGAGUGUAUCAGAGCCAUAAGGCCCUUGAACAGUGAGCGAUAAGACACAGUUAUAUGAAUGCCUGAUCACUCAGUUUUCCAUAAAAAGCGCCAGGAGGUUAAUCAGACAUAAACAAGCUACUAUGCCUUGGUUUAGGAGAUAUUUUUUAGUUAAGAAGGAACUCAUUCGUGGACUUAUUCCGACCCUUUACCAGAAGAAAACAGAGGAGCGGUAUGGUUUCAUAAGAGGUACUCAUUAUACAGAUAUCCUUUUUCGAAUUGCCCGAUUCACAGUGCCCACCUUAUUCUCUCCCCAAUCACACAGGAAUGCUCGCUUGUCCGCCUACCAAUGAUGCCUUUAACUUUCAGAUUCUACAUAUGGAGUGGAGAAUGCCUCUACUACCUGUGCCAGCAAACAAACAAAGACUAUAGUAGAGUAGGAAUGGUUUAGCUCGCUAUAGGGGAGGGAGAUAGUUUACGCGUCAGUUGAAAGUGGGAAAGCUCUCAAGCAGCAAGUACUUUUUAUCCCUUCACAUUCAAGUAAAGUAUUGGGAAGGUAUCUAGCCAGUGAGGCAAGUUAAGUAAGGAAAUAAGGAAAGCAGCUGAAGCAAGGUGCCUAAGCCUUCAAGUUGCGAGGUCUUUUAGGGUUAGAUAUACUUGUAAUCAGUUAGAAGAACUCGGAGUCUAAGAUGGUAACAAGAGAGAACUAAGUGCAAUACGUACAACCUACUAGUGACUAAUUCCCCCCGGCGUCUUAUUCCUGUUAUCCCAGUAGUAAUUGAGCAGGGCGAGGAGUAAAUUUCUCUUCUUUCUUUUCUCAUUAAACUAUUAUAUAUGAAAUGGUGUAAUUAUGGAUCUCAUUCGUAUUCAAGUGGUUUGCACUAAUAGUUGCUCGAAAUGGAUAGCUUUGUUUCCGGGAAUUCGAGGAUACUGCCAAUCUUGCGCUUCAACCAACCGUAUGCUCUUUCAUGAUGAGGUCGAAGCCCUGCUAGCGAAGGAAUGCAUCCAACAGUGUUCUGUCUAAUUGGUCCUCUCAUGCCAUAAUUUGCUCAUAAAUCCACUUUGUUCUCCCGGAAAUAACUUUUUUUAUAAAACAUUACUUAUGUGACUUCGAUCUGAUACCUCUCGAUUCAGAGAGGAAAUGCGCAUUUGUAUCAUUUUGACUCUCCCCAUCUCGAAUUCUACUAAUUUUAUAUGGGACUGGUUGUGAAGGGAAGCUUUGUGGGAGAAAGGAGGAAAAGGUCAGGCUAGUCAAGGCUUUACUCAAACAUAUGGGAUAGAUUACGAGGAAGCCUUUGCCCCGGUAGCCAAGAUGAAGUCUGUUCGUCUCCUGCUCUCUAUUGCUGCGAAUCGAGAUUGGCCUCUGUUCCAAUUAUAUGUUAAAAAUGCCUUCCUGAACGGGGACCUACAGGAAAAAGUUUACAUGAGUCCUCCACCCGGUUGUGUAAGGGGGGGGGAGAACAAUAGAGGUCAACUGGAGUGGAAGCCAAACGACGGGGCCGAGAAUCUGUGAUCGAUCCGAAGAACCACUGCCAGAUACGAUUCUGCUUCCCCUUCGUACUACCCGAUUCUUGCCCGGCUUUCUUUCGGCUUAAGUAAGAAGGCUGCGGUGAGAAUGAGGAUCACUUCGGAACUCUAGGAAAAUGGGCGGGCGUUUUAGGGCGGGAUCUAAAAGUUCUCCAACGUGUUGCGGAGCCUUCGGCCGUGAGAGGGUCUUUUGGCUUCCUCAGGGCCGUGUGAAGCUUAGCUUGCUUUAGCAGCCACGUGAUGAUUCAAGAUUCGUGGUAGGCGUAGGAGCUGGGCGAAGCGGUAGCGAAGCUCAGGUGGUGAUGCAAGUGCGCGGUGAGCGUAGUAACCCCCUCGGGCAUGCUCUUUGUACAACCAAGCGAAGAGCUAGUGAGGGCCGGAAUGGAAUAUCGUAUGUAGUGUAGAAUCGGAUCUGAAGCUCUUUACUAGGAUUGGAACAAGCGAGGAACGAGUGACCACAAGCUCCGCUUAAGCGCUCGACAUGCAGUUAGCUUAAAACAUGUUCAUCAUGUGGCCGAGCGAAGCGCACCUGCGUGAAGCAGCCUAGCAUCACUUUAGAUAGGAGCAGAAUGGAUGACUUACAACUGAAAGUAAGUUCUUCGGAUCGAUAUAUCGUACGACGUAAUGGAGAUCUUGGUCUAGGUCCGGUGGUUCGCAGAAUUCGGGACCUAACGAUGUUCGAUUCGUCACAUGAACGGGAGCGGACGAUUCCCUCGUCUCUCCCUUUUUCGGGGAAUGGCUGCAAGCAAUCACAAGCAAGUGAUUGAAUGAGUGGGGGGCUCCGAAAGCACAUGCGGGAUAAGCAGGUCUUUCAGGAGACGGUCUAAGGGUCCGGUCUAGAAAGAAAAGAUAACUCUCAACAAGCUGGAACUAAUCAAGAUCAAUAGGAAGAGGAGUUAGCUAUAAAUUAAUUUUUUUGACAAAGUUCAUGCCACGACGAUCUAUAUGGAAGGGCUGUUUUGUUGAUGCAUUCCUGUUGAAGUUGAAAAAGAGACAAACACUCAUGUUUCAGCUCCCGGAUCUGCUUGGAUUAUCGUAUAAUAAGAGGAGCCGUCUUAGGAAAUGACUGAACUUAAAAGACAGAUGCCACCGCUGCGAGGGAGUCACUUGUCUGAUCUUGCGGUGCACUCACUCCCGUUACGAGAAUGAAAUGACGCCCCAGCUCGACUCGAGACCAAGACUCCUUCCUUACAACUCGCACCAAUAGCGGCACUGAGCGGCCGGAGAUUGAUUGAAAAGGCAGCCGCCCCUCCCCCCCUAGCCGCCUACCUACUCGUGCUCGUAUCUCGAUCGGAGGUUAAGAGUGUGGUCCGGCGGAAAAACAGAAGUCGUCCGUAUCAAGUGAUACGUUAAUUGCUCAGUAGUGCUUCGCCACUACCGUAGCUG